AUGUUCUCGUUGGGUGGAAGCAAUACGGCGGCUGAGCUGCUCGAGUCAAUGAACACCGUGCUGGCAACAACGGGACACCAAGGGCCACUGCCAUUGAGACAGAUCAUUCUCGACAGCUGUCCCGGAGACCUUGACAUCUCUCGCAGUCACAGGGCCGGUGCUCACUCUUUGCCGAAAGGCGUUGUUCUGAAGCCUUUGGGCAGCGCAGCUCUGUUCGUUCUCGCCGUGACGUUGGCAGGAAUGGAGGCAACUGGGCUCAGAACACCUUUGGCCAAGAAGGUACGCCAGCAAUUGAACAACCCUGAGAUCUUCUCAGCCAAGGCAGCCAGACUGUAUUUGGCCUCAGAGGCGGACGACAUUGUGAAUCUUCAAGAUGUCGAGGAGCAUAGGAAUCAAGCCCUUGCCAAGGGCUUUUCUGCAGAUAUUUUGCGCUUCCAAAAGGCAGGACAUUGUUCGCUCAUCAUGGAGGACGGCGCCGCCUACUGGGACGCGAUUGCAUCUGGCUGGGAGAGGGGUGUAGCAUCUAGUCCUGCGCAGAAAUCCGGACAUGAUCAAGGACCGCGGCUACUACCCCUCUCCUCCGUGUCCAUGUCAAUGUCCAGUCAGCCCAGAUGUCGGCUUUAG